UGGAGUUUGUAGGCGUAUUCCAGCUGUCUGCUUUACUCGUCUUCAAAAUUUCUUAUCGAAAUUCACAUAACCAGAAAAACUUAUAAACCCAAAAAAAAUAUACAAAAUAUAGUUCGCUUCAUACAUUGCCCUAUCGCAUCCACUAUGGCCGAUUUAUUUUCGAGUAUGCUACCAUCGAGCUAUUAUCCAGAAUCAAAUGACGCAAGAGAUUCGAGCAGCCACAGUGGACAUCUAAUGCCGGAUGCGGAGCUGAUCAGCUCUUUGAUUCCCUAUUUGUAUCCGUUGCCAACUUUACAAAUGCAGCAAAGAUCCCAUUCUAACCGUUCAAACCUCGAGAGUAGUCCCCUGUCCGAUGACGAGAAACACGAGCGGAUCCGCCUCCAGGAGCUGAUGCGAAAUCAGGUUCACAUUGACUGGGAAAACGAGCCCGUAGAAGCCAUCAGAAAUGAGCCACCGAGAGACCGUUCAACUGACUCCGAUGCAGAGGUGAUUGGCUUCUACCCUUGACGUGAAUUUAGAAAUGCAGCCUUAUGUAACAUUUACGAUUCGAAAUAUUUUAUUAAUUAAAUAUUUAAGCACACAAUGUUUUAUGAAGUAA